AUGACUGAUACUGUAUUGGUAUUUAUAAAUUUGUAUUACGACUAUUUUUUUUUUUAUCAGUUAUCAAUAUUUACAUAUAAAAUAACAGGAAGGAAUUGUUCAGUGAUGGAAAAAUUUGUGUUCAGCAAGACAUUUGAAUUUUUUACAACAUUCGAGUAUUGUUCACUUUUACAUUUGCUGCAUGAUGUAAAGUCUUGUCAAACUUUUAAUAUCGAAAUAUCGAAACUCGACUCCAGUGCAACGAACAAAGUAACAAUAGCAAAAACGAAGGAAAGAAGAAAGGAGAUGAGGGACUCUUAA